UAUUUAAAAAAUUUCAAAUAAUUUAAAAAAAAUUUACACCAGUUUUUUCUUCACAAAAAAAGAAACAAAGAAAGUGUGUGUAUUAUUUAUAAAGUUUUUUAACAAAAUUUUUGUCAUCAACAAAUGAUUCCGUGUGUUAGUCUCGCGGAAACCAGUGUACUGGGCAAUAUGAAGGAACGUGUUAAAGAAAUGAAGGUCUUUGGCUGUAGGCUGAAUUUUUGGAAUAAUAUUAGUCAUAGUUUGACUAGUUCAAAAGGAAAAAAGGUUCCAAAAUCAUCGAAUACCUGUCAAAAAACACAAUUUGUUAUUCAAGGCACUGGCAGUUCGCCCGCCCAGAUUUCACAACGCAGCAUUAGUCCAAAUAAUUCCACCUCAACAAGUCAAUUUAGUUUGCAUCAUAAUAGUUCUGGCAGUUUAGGUAGUUCAACGCCUACAUCACUGCACCCACAGUCAUCGGUAUCCACAUUUAAACAGUCACCAAAUUUAUUAAACGGUAACGGUUCAUUAUUGGAUAACACAAUGCCAGGUGGUAUACCAACUCCAGGAACACCAAAUUCAAAAGCUAAGGACAAUUCACAUUUUGUUAAACUUGUCGUAGCUUUAUAUCCCUUUAAGGCCAUUGAGGGAGGGGAUUUGUCUUUGGAAAAGAACGCCGAAUAUGAAGUAAUUGAUGAUUCCCAAGAGCAUUGGUGGAAAGUUAAAGAUGCCAUGGGUAAUGUUGGUUACAUACCCAGUAAUUAUGUUAAACCCAAAGCAUUAUUGGGUUUAGAAAGAUACGAAUGGUACGUUGGUGAUAUGUCACGUCAACGGGCUGAAUCCUUGUUAAAACAGGGUGAUAAAGAAGGCUGUUUUGUGGUGCGUAAAUCAUCAACAAAAGGUUUAUACACACUAUCGCUGCAUACCAAAGUUCCCCAAUCACAUGUCAAACACUAUCACAUUAAACAAAAUGCUCGCGGAGAAUACUAUUUAAGUGAGAAGCAUUGCUGCGAAACCAUACCAGAUCUAAUCAACUAUCAUCGACACAAUUCAGGUGGUUUAGCCUGUCGUCUAAAAUCCUCACCAUGCGAUCGUCCAGUACCACCUACAGCCGGUUUAUCUCAUGAUAAAUGGGAAAUUCAUCCUAUGGAAUUAAUGCUAACGGAAGAACUUGGUUCGGGACAAUUUGGUGUAGUGCGCCGUGGUAAAUGGCGUGGUUCUAUAGAUACCGCUGUUAAAAUGAUGAAAGAGGGCACCAUGUCCGAGGAUGAUUUCAUAGAAGAGGCCAAAGUUAUGACCAAAUUGCAACAUCCAAAUUUGGUGCAAUUAUAUGGUGUUUGCUCUAAACAUCGUCCUAUUUAUAUAGUCACUGAAUACAUGAAACAUGGCUCAUUGUUAAAUUAUCUCAGACGUCAUGAGACAACUUUGAUUGGUAACAUGGGUUUGCUAUUGGAUAUGUGCAUACAGGUCUCCAAAGGUAUGGCCUAUUUGGAACGUCACAAUUAUAUACAUCGCGAUUUGGCUGCACGUAAUUGUUUGGUCGGUUCUGAGAAUGUUGUUAAGGUGGCAGAUUUUGGUUUGGCUCGUUAUGUUUUAGACGAUCAAUAUACUAGUUCUGGCGGUACCAAAUUUCCUAUUAAAUGGGCUCCACCAGAAGUCUUGAAUUAUACACGUUUCUCCUCUAAAUCAGAUGUUUGGGCUUAUGGUGUCCUUAUGUGGGAGGUGUUCACAUGCGGCAAAAUGCCUUAUGGCCGUCUAAAGAAUACCGAAGUUGUUGAGCGUGUACAACGUGGUAUUAUUUUAGAAAAACCAAAGUCAUGUGCUAAAGAAAUUUACGAUGUCAUGAAAAAAUGCUGGUCUCAUAGUCCUGAAGAUCGUCCAUCAUUCCGUGUCCUCAAAGAGCAGCUGGCUUUAGUGGCACAAACACUCACCGAUUAAAUCAAUACAUUUGUUUCGUUUUUCUUCAUUUAAAAUUGAAAUUAACUUCUUUACUGCUCCUCCUCACGUCUCACAUAAUACAUAACACCUUACUCCCACAAAAAAAUAACAAACCCUCAAAACAACAUCAUAAGCUUAAAAAAAAUUAUGAUAA